AUGUCACAGCUUAUCCACGACUCCUUCUUUGGCCGCUUGCUGCGACACUUGUCCAAGGGAAGGUUGCUGCCGCACGAGGAGACUAAAGACCCUGCCAUCCUAGAACAAUUUGCUAAUGUCUCGUCUACUCCGGUGGAAAAGACGUCGCCUGAACGACCCGCUUCGAACGCGAGCACUCUCAACCCAGGCGAUGGCGAACUGGCUGAGAAAGGACGAGACCCGAACAUUGUGGGCUGGUACGGACCGGACGAUCCAGAGAACCCUCUCAAUUGGUCAGCCUUCACCAAAUGCGCAAUCACCUUUGAGCUGUGCUACUUGACUUUUGCGGUCUAUGUGGGAUCUUCUGUCUAUACUGCUGGCGUUGUGGACGUCAUGAAGGAUUUCGGGGUUGGCCAGAUACCUGCGACACUUCCACUGACAGUCUUCGUGCUCGGGUUUGGACUAGGACCCAUGACCCUAGCACCGCUCAGUGAGGCACCUGCAAUUGGAAGAACGCCAAUUUACAUUUGGACACUUCUAGCUUUCGUCCUACUCCAGAUUCCCGUGGCUUUGUCGGUCGACCUUCCCAUGCUCAUUGUUUUCCGGUUCAUUACAGGCGUUCUAGGGUCUCCUCCCCUUGCUACUGGCGGCGCCUCCAUCGCGGAGAUAUUCACACCGCGAAAGAGAGGACUGGCGAUCGGCAUCUGGGGCGUUGCAGCUAUCUUUGGUCCUAUCUUUGGUCCGCUUCUUGGUGGCUUUGCCGCUCAGUCGAAAGGUUGGCGCUGGACCAUAUGGGAGCUGAUGUGGAUCUCUGGCCUUGCUCUCAUCAUCUUGUUCUUCUUCCUGCCCGAGGUCAACGCAAAGAAUAUUUUGUAUCGCCGAGCGCACCGACUCCGACGUCUGACAGGCAAUACCAAACUCAUGAGCGAAGGAGAAAUCGCCUACAAGCACGUCACUGUCCGAAAAGUGGCAUAUCUCACCAUCAUCCGCCCCUGGAUCCUAACGUUUACGGAGCCACUCGUCUUUCUCCUUCACACCUGGGUCGCGCUAAUUUUCGGCCUGUUGUUCAUCUGGUUUACGUCGUUCCCGCUGGUGUUCGAGGGAGUCUACGGUUUCAACCCGGGGCAAACCGGACUGUCGUUUCUCGGUCUCCUCGUCGGAGCGUUUUUCUGCAUUCCACCGUUCAUCUGGUACGACCGUGGAGUGCAGCGGAGGAUGUUUGACGAAGGUGGUCGGAUCAUGAAGCCUGAGCAACGCCUCGUUCCCGCGAUGGUCACCGCCGCCACCAUCCCGAUCUGUCUCUUCUGGUUCGGCUGGAGCGCCCGGAAGGACGUCCAUUGGAUCGUCCCCAUCAUCGGCACCUGUUUCUUCGCCGUCGGCGCCCUGAUCAUCGUCAACGCAGUCCUGACCUAUCUCCCCGACGCGUUCCCGACAGAAAUCCCCUCCGUCAUGGCCGGCUCCGCGUUCAUGCGCUUCUCCUUCGGCGCCGCCUUCCCGUUGUUCGCGCCGGCCAUGUACCACAACCUUGGAAUCCACUGGGCGAGCAGCCUGCUGGGCUUUCUAGGUCUGGCGUACGUGCCGAUCCCGUUCCUGUUUUACUUUUUCGGCGAGAGAUUCCGGAAUGCAAGUAAGCGAGCGCGGCACACCUGA